AUGCCAACUUCCGGGAACAGAUCUUUACAUCCUACAUCCUUUAUCCUGCUUGGAAUACCAGGAAUGGAGAAAUCUCAGUUUUGGAUUGCCUUUCCAUUUUGUGCCAUGUAUAUUUUGGCCCUAAUGGGAAAUAUCAUCAUUAUCCAUAUGGUACGUACUGAUCACACUCUCCAUGAACCUAUGUAUAUUUUCCUGGCUAUGCUAGCUUUCACUGACUUAGUCCUGUCUUCUUCUACCCUUCCCAAAAUGCUCGGAAUUUUCUGGUUUGGUUCCUGUGAGAUUGAGUACCAUGCCUGUCUUACCCAAGUCUUUUUCAUUCAUGCCUUUUCUUCUGUGGAGUCAGGAGUUCUCAUGGCAAUGGCCCUGGAUCGUUAUGUGGCCAUUUGCUUCCCACUACGCCAUUCAGCUAUUCUAUCUACCUCAGUGGUGGCAAAACUAGGUAUGGCAGUGAUGGUAAGAGGUGUGUUAUGGGUAAGUCCCUUCUGUUUUAUGGUCACUUGGAAGCCCUUUUGCCAUAAUAGAAUCAUUCCUCAGUCAUACUGUGAGCAUAUGGCUGUACUGAAACUUGUAUGUGCAGAUACCAGAGCAAAUCGCAAAUAUGGGCUUUUUGUGGCCUUUUCUGUGGUUGGCUUUGACAUCAUAAUUAUUGCUGUGUCCUACAUUAUGAUCCUUCAGGCUGUGCUGCAUCUGCCAUCUGGGGAAGCUAGGAUUAAAGCAUUUGGCACAUGUGCUUCCCAUAUUUGUGUCAUCUUGGCCUUCUAUAUUCCUGCCCUCUUUACAUUUCUAACCCACCGCUUUGGCCAUCAUGUCCCUCGGGUGGUCCACAUAAUGUUAGGAAACCUUUACCUUUUGGUACCUCCCAUGCUAAAUCCCAUCAUCUAUGGUGUAAAGACUAAACAGAUCCGAGAAAGGGUAAUUUAUGCCUUUUGCCAGAAGAUUACUUGA